AUGAUAACGUUUAUUCUAAUAAUUUUCUAUGUGCUACACUCUACAUAUACAAUCCCUGCAAAAUGGCCACAUAAAUUUAUUUCUUUCGAACCACCGGAAACGAGACCUAUUAAAAGACCUUUGGGAUACAUCGAGGACACAUAUCUGAAUUUCACGCAAUUAGCCACAAAAUAUGGAUACCCAUCAGAACAACAUAGUGUUAUAACAGAGGAUGGUUACGUUCUGACAGUUUUCAGGAUACUUCCCAAGUGUUCACCAGCAAAAGGAUUUCCCGUGAUACUUGGCCACGGAAUCUACGACAGUUCAGACACGUGGAUUUUUACGGGCCCAGAUACAGGACUGGGAUAUAUUCUAUCAAAUAAUUGCUACGAUGCGUGGGCAGUCAACUUCAGAGGAAAUACCUAUUCGCGCAAGCAUUUACGCCUAGAUCCAGAAAAAGAUUCGGCAUUUUGGGAGUUUUCUUUCGACGAAAACGGCAAUUAUGAUUUGCCGGCCUUGAUAGACUAUAUUUUGAAUGUUACUGAGAAGAGCAGCGUUUAUUAUGUAGGCCAUUCGCAAGGAUCGACAGACUUUUUCGUCAUGGGCUCGCUAAGACCAGAUUAUAAUGAGAAGGUACGAUUAUCAAUACAACUAGCGCCGGUAGCUUGGAUGAAGAAUAUAAAAAGCCCUAUUCCAAAAAUUUUAUCACGAAGAUCAAAAGAAAUAAGAAGUGCUCUUGAAUUUGCAGGGUACAAUGAAAUUUUUGCAAAACAUCAACUGACACAUUUGGUGCCAGAACUUCUGUGUCAAAUAGCUCCGAAUGCAGUGUGUGGCACAGUAUUGGCCUUAACCACAGGUUACAAAUUGGGCUCCAUCACGUCAUUAAAUUUAGCAAUUGGUAUCGGUCAUUUACUUGUUGGUGUUUCUGUUAAAACUCUGACUCAUUUUGCGCAAUUGGUUGACUCUGGGCAGUUUCGGCGUUACGAUGAAGGAAAAGCAGGAAAUACUAGGAAGUAUGGAUCAACGUUGCCUCCAAAAUACGAUGUAUCUCUUAUAACUUCUCCCGUAGUGCUGAUUAGUGCUAAAAACGAUUGGUUAUCCACUCCAGAAGACUUAUUUAUUUUGACUUCAAGAUUGCCGAAUUUAGUUGAAAAUUAUGUUGUACCAGAACCAACAUGGAGUCACAACAAUCAUGUUUGGGGAGUGAAUGCGACGGAAUUGGUAUUCGAGAAAAUUUUAAGUUUUUUUCAAAAGUUCAAUACUUGA